AUGUCGAUCGAUCCAACGAAAUAUGCUGAUCCAAAUUAUUUUAAAGUUUCCUUAAAGACGCCUAUGGCCAUUGCCAUAGCAGGUGGUGCUGACUCUGGAAAGAAAGCGUUUUGUGAGGCAUUAACCUCUCGCUUAAACAAGUAUGCUACCAAAGUAGCUUUGUUGAGUUUGACGCAAUUUUAUCGUGAAUUGACACCGAAAGAACGUAUCAAAUACGAAGCUGGUGAAUUCUACUCUGAUCAUCCAGAUGCUUUCGAUAUGGAACUUUUAAAGGAAACUGUUCGCUCUAUCUUGGCAGGCAAAUCCACCACUGUACCUGAAUGGGACGCAUCCAGCCAUACAAGAAAAGGGACACGUGUGAUGGAACCAGUGGAUGUGUUGCUUAUAGAAGGCACACUUUUACUCUACGACAAAGAAUUAUCCGACCUCAUGUUUAUGAAGGUCUUUAUUGAUGAAGAUAGUGACGAAAGACUUGCUCGUAGAGUUCGCAAGACCAAGGUCAGAAAUGGACAGGUCCUCACUAUCAAAGAGGUCCUUAUGGAAUAUGUGGAAAAGGUCAAGCCUAUGUAUGAAGAAUUUAUCUUGCCCUCUAAAAAGAAUGCUGAUAUUGUUAUUCCAAGAGGCGUUGAAAAUCAAAUCGCAUUAAAAGUACUGACAAAUCGUAUAGAAGAGUAUAUAGAAUCUCUGUCUAAAUCGGAAUCCAAGUCGUCCUCUUUCAAUAGCACAAAUGCUUCGACUGCUUCUUCCUCCGUAACAGCCUCCUCCUUAUUAGAUGAAGCAGCAGGUAAUACCACUGCAGCUGGUGCUGGAAGUAAUAAUAAUACCAAGAAGGACCAAAUACAUGCAGCUGGUUUAUUGGCUCAACAAGUGUCUAGUUCAUAUAAAAACAUUCCCAAAUAA